GUCCGUUCCAUUUUCUUUUUAUCUUACAUCUUGUUUUUCUCUCAUCUCCCGUCUUUUUCCCAUCAGUCCACUUCCUUUCUCCUCCUCUUCCUCCUCCCUCCAAUUUCUCAUUUCUCCAUCUGGUUGCCUCGCUCUUCCAGCUUCCUACUCUUUCUUCUCUUCUCCCUCCUUCUCCCUCUACCAUCCCUAAACCACACUUCCUUUGUGUUCAGGUCGCAGUCUCACGAAGCGGCUUGUCACUACUUCAUUUAUCUAUUAUCUCCCAUACCUACCUAAUAAUAUCCUCCUUUAAUCCUUUCUCCUAUUCUCAACUCUGUUGACAGAGUAUUCAGCCAACAUGCCUACCUCUGCUCCCCUCGUCAACACCGCCAAUGGCGCCUCCGCCAACGACAACAUCACCCGCUUCGACCCCCCCAGCCGUGUGCGCUCUCCCCUCAGCAACGCCCUCUUCCACAACAAGACGAGAUGUUUCGUAUAUGGUAUGCAGCCCCGUGCUGUCCAGGGUAUGCUUGACUUCGACUUCAUCUGCAAGCGUUCCACUCCCUCCGUCGCCGGUAUCAUCUACACCUUCGGUGGCCAGUUCGUGAGCAAGAUGUACUGGGGUACCAGCGAGACUCUUCUCCCCGUCUACCAGGAUGUCUCCAAGGCCAUGGCCAAGCACCCUGACGUUGACACCGUUGUCAACUUCGCCUCUUCCCGUUCCGUCUACAGCUCCACCAUGGAGCUCAUGGAGUGCCCCCAGAUCCGCUCCAUUGCCAUCAUUGCUGAGGGUGUCCCCGAGAGACGCGCUCGUGAGAUCAUGGUCAAGGCCAAGGAGAAGGGCAUCACCAUCAUCGGACCUGCCACCGUCGGUGGUAUCAAGCCCGGUGCCUUCAAGAUCGGUAACACUGGUGGUAUGAUGGACAACAUCGUUGCCUCCAAGCUCUACCGCAAGGGUUCCGUCGGUUACGUCUCCAAGUCCGGUGGUAUGUCCAACGAACUCAACAACAUCAUCUCUCAGACCACCGACGGUGUCUACGAGGGUGUUGCCAUUGGUGGUGACCGCUACCCCGGUACCACUUUCAUCGACCACCUGCUCCGCUACCAGGCUGAGCCCGAGUGCAAGAUCCUGGUUCUGCUGGGUGAGGUCGGUGGUGUUGAGGAGUACCGCGUCAUCGAGGCCGUCAAGAACGGCACCAUCACCAAGCCCAUCGUCGCCUGGGCCAUCGGUACCUGCGCUAGCAUGUUCAAGACCGAGGUUCAGUUCGGUCACGCUGGUGCCUCCGCCAACUCCGACCUCGAGACUGCUGUUGCCAAGAACAAGGCCAUGCGUGAGGCCGGUAUCUUCGUCCCCGAGACCUUCGAGGACCUUCCCCAGACCCUCAAGGAGGUCUACGAUGACCAGGUCAAGAAGGGUAUCGUCCAGCCCCAGCCUGAGCCUGUCGUCCCUAAGAUCCCCAUCGACUACUCCUGGGCUCAGGAGCUGGGUCUCGUCCGUAAGCCCGCUGCUUUCAUCUCCACCAUCUCCGACGACCGUGGCCAGGAGCUCCUCUACGCCGGUAUGCCCAUCUCUGAUGUCUUCCGUGAGGACAUUGGCAUUGGUGGUGUUAUGUCUCUUCUGUGGUUCCGCCGCCGCCUCCCUGCCUACGCCAGCAAGUUCCUUGAGAUGGUCCUCAUGCUUACUGCUGACCACGGCCCUGCCGUGUCUGGUGCCAUGAACACCAUCAUCACCACCCGUGCCGGCAAGGACUUGAUCAGCGCUCUCGUCUCUGGUCUCCUGACCAUCGGUUCUCGCUUCGGUGGUGCCCUGGACGGCGCUGCUGAGGAGUUCGCCAAGGCCUUCGACAAGGGCAUGAGCCCCCGUGACUUCGUUGACACCAUGCGCAAGGAGAACAAGCUGAUCCCCGGUAUUGGUCACCGUGUCAAGUCCCGCAACAACCCCGAUCUCCGUGUCGAGCUCGUCAAGGAGUUCGCCAAGAAGCACUUCCCCAGCACCAAGCUGCUCGACUACGCCAUUGCCGUCGAGACUGUCACCACCUCCAAGAAGGACAACCUCAUCCUCAACGUCGACGGUUGCGUCGCUGUCUGCUUCGUUGACCUGAUGCGCAACUGCGGUGCCUUCUCUUCCGAGGAGGUUGAGGACUACAUGAAGAUGGGUGUCCUCAACGGUCUCUUCGUCCUUGGUCGUUCCAUUGGUCUCAUUGCCCACUACCUCGACCAGAAGAGACUCCGCACUGGUCUGUACAGACACCCCUGGGAUGACAUCACCUACCUUCUCCCCGCCCUCCAGAAGGGUGGCUCCGAGGGCCGUGUCGAGGUCAGCGUUUAAUUUUCUACUUAAUACAUUUACAUCUCAUGGAUUAGUCAUAAAAUCCGUCAUUGUUGACGUCGGAGUUGUGAUGGCCUGUUUUCUUUUCACCCAUGUUUCUUUCUGCAUCGGUUUGGUUCGCUUCAUAUCUCAUCUAUUUCAACUUACAAUCUGUAGUGGCACAUGUGGCAUGACUCGCUGUUAAAGGUUGAUGAAUAUCACGC